AUCACGUAUCCUACUAUGGAUACUGAUUUUGAAUUAAAAUCAGGCUUGAUCCAGCUACUGCCAACUUUUCGGGGGUUACAGAAUGAAAAUCCCCACAAGCAUUUGAAAGAAUUCCAUAUGGUUUGCCGUAGUAUGAAACCUCAGGGGGUAACUGAAGAUCAAAUUAAAUUGCGCGCUUUCCCUUUUUCCCUAGUAGAUUCAGCUAAGGAAUGGUUAUUUUAUUUACCUCCUGGAUCCAUUACAACUUGGGCUGAUCUAUCUCGCUUAUUUCUUAACAGGUUUUUCCCAGCAUCGCGUGCAGUCGAGUUAAGAAGAGAAAUCAUGAGAAUAAGGCAAAAAGACACAGAGUCUCUGUACGACUACUGGGAGCGAUUUAAGAAGUUGUAUGCAAGUUUCCCACAACAUGGUAUAACGGAACAGUCUUUGCUUCAGUACUUUUAUGAAGGCCUAAAACCCAUGGAAAUGAAUAUGGUAGACGCCGCGAGUGGAGGAGCGUUGGUCAAUAUGACUCCACAACAAGCAAGAGACUUGAUCUCCACGAUGGCUACAAAUUCUCAGCAAAAAGCAAAGACAACCCGGUUAUGCGGAAUAUGUGCUACCCCUGAACAUACAACUGAUGCAUGUCCCAGUUUGAAUGAUGAUACUAUGGCCCAUUUAAAUGCUAAAACUGAAGCAUCUAUAAGAGAAUUGACCACAUCAAUUGAGAAGAUGAACUCUCAAGGAAAGCUGCCAUCGCAAAUAGAACCAAACCCGAGGCAAAAUGCAAAUGCAGUAACGCUGAGAAGUAGAAAGGUGCUGGAACCAAUUCCUGGCAGAAAUCUUGGCCAAGAAAGUGCCCAGGAAAAACCCAAAAAAGAUGAACAGGUCCCAGCGAAACCCUCACUGCCGAAAAUCCAACCUCCAUUCCCAGGACGAUUAAAUCAGUGUCGAAAAAGUAAGAAAGAUAAAGAGAUCUUCGAAACAUUCAGAAAUGUCGAGAUCAAUUUACCACUGUUAGAUGCAAUCAGACAGAUUCCGCGAUAUGCCAAGUUCCUCAAAGAGCUUUGCACCAACAAACGAAAACUAACAGGUAAUGAAAAGGUAAGUGUUGGUGAGAAUGUUUCAGCAGUGCUACAGCGGAAAAUGCCGGUUAAAUGCAAAGAUAGGGGUAUGUUUGCUAUUCCAUGCAAAAUUGGCCAUUUAGGAAUUAAAAAGGCUAUGUGUGAUUUAGGGGCCUCCAUAAAUGUCAUGCCUUUUUCUAUUUAUGAAUCACUUAACGCGAGUUUUUUGACAAAGACAGGUGUUACCAUUCAGUUGGCAGACAGGUCUAUUGUGCAUCCCGAAGGAGUCCUUGAGGACGUAUUAGUCAAAGUUAAUAGGCUUAUCUUCCCUGCAGAUUUUUAUGUGAUAAAAAUGGAUGAGGAUAACGCUCCUCUGUCUUCAGACAUCUUGUUGGGGCGACCUUUCCUUAGUACUGCAAAUACUAAGAUUGAUGUACGAAGCGGAACCCUCACGAUGGAGUUUGACAGGGAGAUCGUGAAGUUUAACGUUUAUGGCACUAUUAGUCACCCAAGUGAAGUCUUGAACGUAAACCGUGUCGACAUAGUCGCUUACAAAUUAGCAUUACCACCUGCUGCUCGGAUCCAUCCUACUUUUCAUGUUUCCCAAUUGAAGAAACAUAUUGGAUCGGCAGUGAGUGUUCCUACCUUGCCACCAGUCGAGUCUGAUGGAGCUCUUCUCAAGACAGCGGUUCGAAUUUUGGAUAGACACCUCGUCAAACAAGGCAACCAUGCUGCGGUAGAGGUUCUGGUCUAA